AACAGGAGGCAUUGAAUUUUUAUGUGCUUUCUAUCCAUCCUCAGCUGAAUCGAUCUGUUCUCUUUAAAAAUGGAAUGUUUGAUAGUAGAGAUCGCACAUCUGCAUCAAUAGCACUGGAAUCCUUCAUUCGAAUCUGCACGAGCAAUGCUAUUUAAUUGUUGCUGGAAGUUUUGGAGUAGGAUCUGACAUGAUCAACACUUUGCAACAUAUAAUGAACUGUACCCAUGAGGAAAGCCUCCAGAUCAUGUCAGUCGGGUUCAUGUCGAGUUAGAAGUGAGGACUAUGGUGGAAACCUGAGUGGUGAAAGCAUAUUACUAGAUGAGCAGACUUUAGAGCGUGAAUUACAGAUUGCUAUUGAAGAAGAGAAUUAUGCACAGGCUGCAAAAAUCAGGGAUAGCCUUAAGCUUCUCCAGGAGGACAGCAAGUCUUCAAUAUUAGCAGCAAAUGCUAGAUUUUAUAAUUCAUUCAGAAAUGGGGAUUUAGAGUCUAUGCAGGCUCACUGGUCGAAGGGUGAUCAUGUGUGUGUUGUGCACCCUGGUGUGAGUGGCAUAUCGGGUUAUGAUCUUGUAAUGGGAAGCUGGGAAUUUGUAUGGGCCGACUAUGGCUUCCCACUAGAAAUUGAUAUAAAGGACGUUCAGGUUCAUGUUAGAGGGGACGUAGGCUACGUGACAUGCAUCGAAUUGGUGAAGACUAAAGGCAGUAGUUGGGGAAGACAGUUCGCCACAAACAUAUUUGAGAGGAUUGACAGUCAAUGGUUCAUGUCGAUUCGUAAUGCAUCAUAUGUUGAUUUGUGAACUAGCGUACUUAGAGAUGGCAACGGGGCGGGGUAGG